AACAACGUUGCGCGCGCGAAAAUCGAGAGAUCGAUCGAUCGUUCUGCGUCGUGAGUGCUAUCGACUACAUUUGUCUGCUGCGUGUGUGUACUGUGUUAGUGAUAUUGCGUUUCGGUGUUGUGCUUUUAAUUUCGCAUUAUAAUAUUUAAAUAAGCGACGAAUAUGCCGAAAUCUAUACCCGAAAGGUGGUUGGAAUAUAAACCCUAUGGUACAGUGAUCAGUGGUACAAAAAUUCUACCGUUCAAAGUGCCAUUGAAAGAGGCAGUGAGUAACAAUUUAGAACCGGAGAAACGGUUUACAACGUCGGUACUGCUUCAAGCGUUUCCACGUUUAAAGUGUAUUAUCGAUUUGACAAACACGAGUCGCUAUUACGACGAAAAGGAAUUCAUAAAUUCUGGUGUUAAAUAUGAAAAAAUUAUGGUUCGUGGGCGGGAAGUUCCCUCCAUGGAUGUGGUAAACAGAUUCUUUAAAACGAUGGAUGAUUUUACGUCAGCUUGUGGCGAAGAUGACAUUGUAGGGGUUCAUUGCACUCACGGUGUAAAUCGUUCCGGAUACCUAAUUUGUAGGUAUCUCGUACAGCAAUUAGGUUGGGAGCUGGAGAAUUGUUUAAAAGCGUUCGAAACGGCCCGUGGAUAUCCCAUCGAUCGUAAAAUCUAUAUAAACGCGUUGCAGAAAGUGCCGCGCGAGAAGAUCGACACGAGCAAAAUCAGCGUGGAUUCGAGGGGUACGGCAGGAUCGGAGGCGGCCAAUAGUAGAAGAGUGAUGCGCGUGUCGUUCAAGUAUCCAGGGGGCAGCCCGUACACGAUGGGUCCGCCAGGUUUCGGAGCAACGAGACGCGGUUUCGCGAAAGACGGUCCAUUUUCACCGGCGCAUUUCGGUUACGCCGGCCCUCCGCCAGGUUUCCGUCCUAUGCCACCUCCGCCCGGCAUGCCACCGGUACCACCGCCACCAGUUCCUCCACCUAUGUACGGGCCGAGGCCGUUCAGGUACGGACCACCACCGCGACCAGCCAUGCGUCCACCGCCACCUAGACCAGGAUUCCCUAUUCCAGGUUUUCCGCCACCACCGCCACCACCGCCACCGCCCUGUCCGUCCAGAACGCCCGCCGGUAUCUUACCCCACGCACCGCCCGCUCGGUUGCCACCGCCAAAAAUGCCUCCGCCUCCUCCCCCGCAAUCCGCCCCGACAAGACCCAUCCUUUUUAAACGAUUGCAACCGCAAAAGAGAAAGUCCCACCUUCGAAACGGGAUUCUCACCUCGGCUAGAAACCCUGUCGAUUUAAUGAGGCAAACGAACAGCCAAACGAGUAGGAUAUUGCCUAAAUUGAUGAAAGAGCAGGAUUUCACGGUAGACACGUUCGAGGAGAAUUUGCUCGCCGUCUCGAGCCAGUCGAACAGGCGGUCGGCCAAAGGGAGAUACAAUCAGACCAAGUGACGACGUGCCAUUUAGGAAGCGUGAUUAUAUAUUUACGAUAUUUACUUAAACGCGCGCCAACAACAUCUCGCGUCCAUCCCUCGCCGAGUUUUAUUAUUCGCCGUUCUUUUCGUCCCCCCUCCUCGUCCUCGUGGCGGAGAGAAACCCACGUGAAACUCGCGUGAUGAAACGAGAACAAAACGGGAUUAACCAAAUUUUCGUUCGAUUGCGGACGAUUGUUUCCUACUUGGGGGGAGAAACGUCGAGAUAAAAAAUAUAAACGAAAAAAAAAUACAAAAAAAGGAAGAAGAAGAAGAAGAAGAAGAAGAAGAAGAAGAGGAAAAAAAAGAUAUCACGACGACGAGUUUCUGCGAAAUGUGAAAAUAUUUGUAUAGUAACGAUCGGUGCCCAUCCCUCCUCCCCCCCUUUUUUCCCCUCCUACGACAUAUGUUCCUUUGACACGCUAUUUUCGAGAUAGAUACGUUCGUCAUUAAUGAAAAUAAAUGCACUUUGUCGAUAAUCUUA